UUUGAAUGGUUCAAAAAUAUCGGUGUUAAAUCACGGUAUGUUUAUUUUAUGUAGCGAACGUAGUUUUUCUUGUUCAAUAGUUCUCGGCGAGAAAGUGCUCUCACCAGUAAAAUGUUCUGACAUUUAGCUUUUGACUCUCUUCAAAAAUUUGUACUCAGAAAUAUGUAAUAAAAACGUAUAUUUUAGCUUGCAGAUAUAACAAUACAAUGCUGGUUCCUCAGUCUUAAACUUGUGCUAUUGAGAGAGAAAUCCGAGAAAAGUACAAAAAUAUGUCACGCCUGCUAUUAGAAGAAAUUUGGUACACUUUGUCACUGGAGCAUUAAGUCAAGAACAACUACGGAUGAGUUAUUCACGCAAUAUAUGGCACUACCUGAUGAUGGGGAGGAAAAGACUACUAUUUUUUAUGACCUGAGAGGAGCAAGUGGCAGGUCUAAUGGGGAAUCGUUUAAAAUAUGCUACAAUGAACUUGAUAGUAUGUUGGAAGAUGUUGAAGAAAGGAGGCAUGGAUUAGCCGUCCACAUGCCAUUAGCUGUGUUUGUUCCUGAAAUGAUCAGGAAGGUUAAAACAAGAUUAGAAGAAGCUGGAAAGGGUGACGCAAAAAUACCCAGUGAAAUGACAGUCAGUCACUUGCGAUCAUGGUGUGUGGCGAACAAACGGCAUUUAAUCCUGAUAUUCCUAGAUGAUAAAGCCAAAGUAUCCGUUGGUGAGUCAGGUACGCCAUAAUCUGCAACAAGCCAUAACAAGCGAGCAUUCACAACAAAAAAUGUGGUAUUGGAAGUGUCUGACCACAACUAUCACAUAGUUAAUACACCUUCCGUGCAAUUGGUCUGCCAUACACCAGAUAGCCCAUGAUGAGUGUCGCUGAAAGAUGCUGUUUUCAAAUCAUUAGAACCCCUCCAUCAUGUCAUUGAAAUACUGAAAGUUCCUGACAACGUAACUGGUCAACACAAGCCAUUUCUCUUUCAAUGUUCAGUAAUGGUGGUUUUGAUCAUAAUAUCACCCACUUGUUUGCUCAGUGUUGUUUGCUAGCCCUGUUUCGACUCAGAGAUUUCAAUAUUUUGAACGGUGGCAGAUGUGCUCCAUGUCAAAGCUACAUGAAUCCUGCUGAGCGCUGCAUGUCUUUGUUAAAUAUUGGUCUUCAAAGGCUGUCACUUCAACGUGAUAAAGCUGGACCUUACAAGCAAGUUAUAAAGUUAUACAAUCAAUGCAAAGCUUACAGGAUGCUUCAAAGAAAUCUGAAGGUCUAAAAGAAGUAUCCGCAGCUGCUAGAUGAUUUCAUUUACUUGUGUAGGUCAAGCUUAUUAUUCAAAACCCUGUACACGUCAUCAAGAAUCAAAUGUCAAAGCAUUGUGGAGCAUCGUUACUAUCUAGCUAAAUUCCGUCUAAGCUGGUUUGCGCGUGCAUUGUGGCUGUGAAGAAAUCUAGCAGAUUCACAAUAGAAGCUACUAAUGUCAUACAUACUGUAUACAGGAUAUACAGGCAGUAUGUCCUGUAUGCAGUACCUGCAAGGAAGGAAAAGAAGAUAUUUGCCCAGAAAAGUCAAAAAGACCAGGAAAUGGACCAAAAGCUCCUACAAACCACACCACUGCAGCUACUCCAGCACCAUCUAUACCAUCUACUCCAUCUUCUGUGAAAAUUGACAUGGUGGUGGAACCGGUAGAUACAAAACAAAAAAUACAAUGAAUGUUAGCAUUUAAAAAGAAAGCCAAAAUUAGCAGCGUCGAGGCUGAUGAAGAAAUGGCUUCUAAUCACGACAGUGAAGAGUGUGUUGUUUGUAAGGAUGACGAUGACGCAAGUAGAAGUCGGGUUAUCAACUGGGUUUCUUUUUUGUUUCGAUGACCUAAAAAGAAAGUAAAUAAGAAAUAAGAAAGUGAAAAUCGUUUCUACUUAUUUUUACGCCCGAUCUCUCUCACGCAAUAGAAAGAACAAUCUUCAAUUGGCGCGUUCGUAAAAGUACCUUAACAGCCUUUUUAUGCACUGUAAGUAAUGUUAAUUUUUGCAAGGUGGUGGGGGUUACACCAAAUCUCUGGAAUGGCAGAAUUUUGCCAGGGUAAAAAGGCCAGAUGAUUUAUUUGAGUGGAUGAUUAAACAUGAUGGCACCUGACUUCGACUAUGUGAGAUGUUUAGCAAAAUAAUGUAACCUUUUUUGAAAAAAAUGUAUGUUUUUUAGGGCCUACCGACAGAGCGAACCUUUUCUAAACCCUCAAAAAGAUACUAACCAAAAUCUUUUUGUGUCACGCCUAAUAAAGUUUAUAUAUAAGUUAUUUAUAAAGUAAAUUUUAUGAAAAGCAGUUAAGAACUUUGCUACCACAUAGUAAGUUUAUUUUAAUUUUUGUAGUUUUUUUAAUCAUUUGUGUCUGUUUUUCUUUUUCUUUUUUCACACAUUGUUCGGGUCUAUGCGUGUUUAUACUUGAAUUUUUUUAAGAAUGCUGAACUCGCUGAAAACGCCUGCACUUUUUACGGCGCAUGCGGCUUAUUGGCAUCGUUGUAGCCUUAGUUACUUCUUAAAAUUUGAUGCUGUUUUUUUUUUUUAUCUUUAUCUGUAAAAGAUGGCAUCAAUUUAAUUUAUUUUUAUUCCAUUUAACAUAAACAAAGAAGAAGAAAUCAUAGCACAUCAAAGCAAGAAGGUGCCAACUCGCUGACAGCGCCGUAUAUAGUCAGAUGAGGUAAUCAUUCCACACUGGCAACUUUUCCGCACUUCCGUUUUUUCCUCGCUGGGAUGCUUUUCACAUGUUGUAUUAUACAUGCUAUUAAAAAUAUGAGUUUUGUCACCUUUUUCCACGGAUUUUAGAGAAAAUAACGGUUAAAACAACAGAAAAUCUGUGCACAAAUUCAUGUGUGAUCCAUCUGCCAUAUUGAGUUUCUUGUUAUGGUAUGUAGCUUUUUGAUCAUGCGCUCUACAAACUUGAUAUUGUUUGUGUGUUAAUUAAGAGGACCCUAAGCCACUCAGAAUAAUUUAGCUAAAUGGAGCGUAUUUAUAGCAUGCAGAAUAAUUCGCGCAGAAUUUUUAGAUACGUAUUGUAAUCAUUCCGCACAAAAUCUUAGUUAU